CGCCCCGCCCUGGGCGCCGGAAGUAGAAGUCUGGCACGCGCCGCGGCGACGAGGAGGGGGCGAUGGCGAUGCGGUGUCUUUUCGAGACUGCCAGAAAGUGGGGCGGCAGCCAGAUGGCCGCGUUGCCGGGGUCCGCUGCCGUCGGCAGGGGCCUGGUCCGGGGCUAUGCCAAGAAACCGGUGGUGAAGGUAGGAAAAAGUAAAGGCAUGGUCCUGGAGAGGCUCAGAGACCCGCCGGUGUGCAAGGACCCAGCCCUGCUUACCACACAUGCCAUGGGAGUCAAUAUCUUCAAGCAGGGCCCAGAAGUAGCUCUCAAGCCAGAUUCUGAGUACCCUGCGUGGCUGUUCCAGAUGGACCUUGGUUCCCCCAAGAAGCUGGAGGAGCUGGAUCCAGAAACCAAAUACUACUGGAGGCGCCUGAGAAAAGAAAACAUCUGGCGACACAACAGGCUGAGCAAGAACAAGAAGUUCUGAGUGGGUGUGGGAGAAGGGUAGUGGGGCAGCCGUGGCCCCCUGCCUGCCCCCAGACUGCCGGCCGCUCGGCCACAUGAAGGCCCCGAUCCUACAAAUAAAGAAAAUUCCCCGAG